AUGAGCAAAUCAACCUCUGAAGAUUGCCGGAUUUCGAUUGAUGAAGAUGAAAAAACUUCACACGUCGAUGCCAAUAAUCCACAUAAUGGAAAGAAAAUAAACAAUCCACAUAAUGGAAAGAAGAUAAGCAAUCCACAUUAUGGAAAGAAAAUAGACAAAGUUGUUUUCUCACCAAAUAUGGACUAUGUUGCAACUGCGAGUUUUAAUGAUCAUUCGGUUUGCAUGUGGGAGUUUACGAACGGAGAAAAAGGAGAGCUCGAAUUAAUACCAUAUUAUUCCUUUAACCUUAUUGAAACGGUUUUAGGGGAUCCAAUUUGCAUCUCAAAUUCCGACACAAUUCUUACAGGAAACUUUAUUAAGGGUUCUUACAUAUACGAAACUAGAGAUUGUAACAGUGAAGAUGCAGAAAAAUUAUUAGAUGGCAGAGAUCACGAAAACGCUUUAGUAACUUGUGGAUUUCUUACAGAUGGAAAAUUCGCAGUUGUUGAAAGGGAACCUUAUCAGGUUCACAUCUAUUCUAAAGUUGGAGGGAAGUGGUACGGCACGAGUGACGUUAAACUCGUUAAAUUUCAACAUGCCGUUAUUUCUCAGGAUAGAGUGUUGAUUCUCAUAGAUUUGCCUUUUGUAAUCAUGCAAUGGAAUCUGAGAACACAAAAGUUUGAGAAACAAUACGAAUUGGAUUGGAGUUUGGCCGAGUAUCGAAAAG